GACGCCUUGGAGUGUUUAUCCUACCUAGCAAGUGUGAUGAGGGAUCUCGGAAAGUACGAUGAAUCAGAGACCAUGCAUCGGCAUGCGUUCGCGGUGCGUGACAAGGUUCUCGGGGGGGACCACCCGGAUACCCUAACAAGUGCCAACAACCUGGCAGUGGUGCUGCAAUACCAGGGAAAUUAUGAUGAAUCAGAGACCGUGAACCGGCGUGCAUUGGAGGGACGGGAGAGGAUCCUUGGAGCAGGUCAUCUUGACACCCUCAGGAGUGUCAGCCACCUGGCUAUCGUGCUGUGGAGACAAGGAAAGUACAGUGUAUCGGAGGCGAUGAAUCGGCGGGCCCUGGAGGACCGGGAGAAGGUACUCGGAUCAGAGCACCCUGCCACCCUAUCAAGCCUCAACAACCUGGGUGUUGUGCUGCAAUCCCAAGGAAAGUACGGUGAAUCAGAGAUGAUACAACGGCGUGUACUUCAGGGACGCGAGAAGCUUCUCGGACCAGACCACCCCGAGACCCUAACAAGCCUCAACAACCUGGCUGUU